CGGCAGUUCUCACAAGGACUGUCGCAGCCGGUCCAUCCAUCCACCUUUAGGCAGCUGCGAUCGCUGAGCCAGUUACUCUGUCAGCAACUAAACAAUCAGCCAACAAAAACUCAACCGAACUACCAGUCAAACAAGCAACCAAACAAACCUAAAACGUCAUAGAGAAAGCCAAGCAAACAAGUUUCACAACUAUGUAAACAAUCAUUACAGCAAUAGGUAUUUGUGACGUAAUUGAAGAAAAAAGCAAAAGGAAUGCACCCAGACAAACUACUAAUCUUCUAGGCAGUUAGCCAGUGUGCCUACCAGUUAACCAAUCAAACAGACGGACAACAAAUCAAGUGAAACCAAAACCCACUCAACGAGAAACAUGCGAGGAAAUAUCUGACGACUCUCACCACCACCUCACAGGACAAUAUGGAUAAAACCCUUUUAUAGGCUGUCAUCAUCAGCACCAAGCCGAGAUGAACGACGUCAGGAUGGACGCCACUUCCUGGCCUACACAGAAGCGGCUGCCCGAGCUGCGUCGUGAGCGUCGCUUCCACUGUCAUUCGGCGUUCCUGUUGGAGUCGGUAAGGCGGCAAACAUUCGCCAACUGGACGGUCGCCUAUGUGGACCCAGAUCAGCUGGCCAGGAAUGGCUUCUUCUACCUGCAGACUCGCGACCAUGUCCAGUGCAUCUUCUGCAAGGGGAUCGUGGGGUACUGGGACCCGGGGGACCAACCAGACAUCGAACACCGAAAGCAUUUUCCCAACUGCCCCUUUAUCACUGGGGUCGCUACCGGCAAUGUUCCUCUCUCGCAUCCGGCAGAUGAUACUGGCCGGGUGUACCGCUUGUUGGAUGAGUACCACGCCUUCAGGGUUACCAGCACACGGCCCAUCGUGAGGGCACCCAAAGCUGCUGCCUAUGAGAGGGACGACGCCCAGCAGGGAGACGCUGGACUCCUGGCUUAUCCUCAGUUCAACACUGACGCCGCCCGGAGGCAGACUUUUAAACGCUGGCCAAAUGAAGAGUCUGCUACCGUCACCAUCGACGCCCUGGUGGCGGCCGGGCUCUUCUACUCGGGGAUCUCCGACUGGGUCCAGUGUUUCCACUGUGGUGGGGGACUCUUCAGCUGGCGCCAAGGAGACGACCCUAUCGCAGACCACGCCCGUUACUACCCCAGUUGCCCCUACAUCAGGAUAAAAAAGGGGGAGGAGACCGCUUCCAGGCCAUGGGAUGAUAAUAUUCCUCCGCCGGCGUUGAUCAGACCUAUUGGACUAAGUGACGAAGAGGCCAAACUGCUCCUGGCCCACCCUCUUGCUAAGCGCCUGGUGAGUAUGGGACUGUCAGCGAAAUCGGUGACAGGAGCCCUGCGACAGCUCCUGCAGGCGAGGGGAACUCUGUGUGGGACGGUGUCGGAAGCCCUACAGCUGGUGUUCGAUUUUGAGGAGACUCAACGACGGAGGGGCCUCGUGUCUGACGGUGGACUGGUGGAGGAUAGAGAACUCACGCAAGUUUCGUCGUCAGUGGUAGAGAACUCGUCCAGGCAGUUGCCACAAGAGGCGGCCCCCGACGUCGCCCGCUACCAAGUCUUGUUGCAGGAAGUGGUGGAACUGAGAAAACGUGUAGAGGAUGAGGAGAGUCGCUUGGUUUGUCGGGUGUGUAAGCUGAGGCGCGUAGCUGUGGUGUUCCAGCCAUGCUCCCACCUUCACCUGUGUGCCACCUGCGCCAGGCCCCUUGACACUUGCCCAACCUGUAGCACAGUCAUCAGGGGGACCCUCCGACCCAUCAUCGGCUGAGGUGCCCCUCCUUCACCCCUGGCACCUGGGACACACAUCCACCCUAGACUGAGGUGUGGUGAACGCUGACUAGUUUCUUUUUGAGACACUGGGACAACAAAUCGUCCUGACUAAGACCUUGGUCGAUGCUUCACUGGACUAUGUGCUUCACAUAUUAUAUAAAUUUGAAUGUGA